GUUAAUUUGUUUAUCAGCCAUUUGUUCAUUUCGGGGUCAUUAUGCUAAGCAUUCUAAGGGAGGCUACUGUAUCUUGACCUGACAAACUUGCGAAGUGCUAAGACGAUGAGGAUAGGAAUCGUUACGUCAGGCCUUGGCAUUGCCAGACAGUGCCUGAGAAAGAACACCUCAGUUUACAGAACGUGUAGAAGACAGGUCACUGGAAGUGGCUCCCCUCUGGACCUCAAUGUAGACAGUAAAACUGGUAUAGCAGUUCUAUCAAUGAACAAACCUCCCGUGAACAGUCUGAACCUGGAGUUCCUGACAGAGUUGAACAUCUCUCUCGAGAAAGUUGAGAAUGACAAACAGUGCAAAGGACUCAUAAUCACGUCAAGCAUUCCUAAGAUUUUCAGUGCUGGCCUGGACAUCACAGAGAUGUACCAGCCUGAUAUAGACAGACUCGAGGAGUUUUGGCGGACUCUCCAAGACAUGUGGAUCAAGCUGUACGGAAUGAAUUGUGUCACCAUCGCUGCAAUCAAUGGUCACAGCCCGGCGGGAGGGUGUCUGAUGUCUAUGAGCUGUGACUACAGAAUAAUGGCCCCCAACUACACCAUCGGCCUCAACGAAACACAACUGGGAAUAGUUGCACCAUUUUGGUUUGCAGAUGUCAUGUUGAAUACCGUGGGCUUCAGACAAACAGAGAUGGCCCUUCAGUUGGGAACCUUGUUCAAGACAGAGGAAGCUUUGAACAUUGGUCUCAUCGAUAAAGUGGUACCCCAGGAAGAGGUUCUUAGUGCUGCUCAGCAAGAAAUGCAGAGAUGGUUCAAAAUACCAGGUUUUGCGAGACAGCUAAGUAAGACAGAGUUGAGAAGACCAACAAUAGAAAAGUUGUUGAAGAAGAAGGAGGAGGACAUAGGCUAUUUCAGGGACUACAUCACCAAGGAUGCCAUUCAGAAAUCGCUGGGAAUGUACCUGGAGAGCCUGAAGAAUAGACGGAAGUGAUAGAACCAGUGGCCUAUGUGAUAUUGUGAUAUCUUUAUUAAUAGUGGACAAAUGAAAGCAUAUAAUGUUGAACAUGAUACAGAGAUUUUGAAUCAUCCAUGCAUUAAUGCAUUUAUUUUUAUUUUAUUGCCAAUCAUAUAUACCGUAAAUGAAGGUUUCUGAAAUGUACUUGUAUUAAAGUUUAGAUGAUGUA